AUGACCGCUGCUCAUUGUACGUUUUUUGAUGGGUCGAAUACGGAAUCAUUUCAGUCAAUGCAAGGAUGUAUGAGGAAGCUUCAGCUAAUGGUUCCGAAACUUCGAGGUCAAAAAACAGUGAAACAACUUGACCUCAUUCACCAUGUUAUUGAAUACAUCCACGAUUUGGAAUUACUCCUUUCUGAAGACGAAUCCCCACCGUCUUCAAAUAAAAUGAAUCCUAUUACUCAACGUAGUGAACCUGAAAUCGUUAAUUUUCCUCCACGGAUAUUCAUUCCCGGAUCUAUGAGCCGCCUUCCUUCUAUUUUGCUACAAUAG